UAUAGUGGUAAGUACACUGAGUAAUAUCAGAUCACUACAAACUCAAAUUCAGUCAAAUUGAUGUAAUAAAUGGUUGCUCAUCCUUCAAAUCACGAUCAAGGCUUUGAAGGGACUAUAUUCUUUCACAACACAAGGAAGUUGAGGAUUGGAAACAUGAACUUGAAGGAUUGUCACAGCGCAAAUCACUCCCAUCCCAUUUCUCCGCGUGUAUGUUGAAUAUGGAGACAACGUGGGCAACGACUAGACACUAAAAACUUAUCCAUCCCCAGGCUCACCUUUGAAAUGGGUUUCCAAUUUCUCUCAAUGUUGUUGUGACCAUUCAUUUUGAAGGCAGCUGAUCUUAAAUAAUGGGAUCAAUCAACCAUCAAUGCGUAGCUGUAAUUUGAAUGCCACUUGGGAGACAGUAUAUGAACUUAAAGAGGGUGUUAAAUUAUUGGGGCCAAAGGGGUGGAGAGAUUUGCGUUGUUCCUUUUUUAUCUCUUUCAUUUGGAUCGGGUGUACCCAUCAUUUGGAUUGCUUCUCCUGUUUCCGCCCUUCACUCGGAUAUCUGUGGAUAAUAUAAUAUGGUCUUCUCGCCUCUUACUUAUUCUCUUGUCAUAAAAAGCUCACAAAUAUCAUCUACUCCUCUUUGGCGCUUGUGAAGCUUUCGCUCCUUUCUCAUCUCCUAUUCUCUCUGGAUUCAACAUCAUCUCCCUUGAAUGUACUUAUAUUCUAUUGGUUUUGUCCAAUUCCUAUACAGAGAUUUAAAGGUAUUAUGUACCCUUACAGCCACCAGUUUCUUCCCUGUUUUCAUUGCCACCCCCAGGCCUAUAUCCGGAUGGUCCAACACCUGAUAGAGAGAUGCUUGCUGCUUCAUAUGAGUCGAGAUGAGUGCGUGAAGGCAUUGGCGCACCAUGCAAACAUUCGCCCUCUCAUAACACAUACAGUGUGGAAAGAGCUUCAGAAAGAGAACCCCGAAUUCUUCCGGGCAUAUUUCCGCACUAUUUCUCGCCAUCCAUUCCUCAGUAUGUUCCUUCCCUUCCUACCUCCAAAAAAUUAUUCAAAAAAUCUUUCCUUAAACUCCUCAGUCUGGCAUAUAACAUCAUGAGAACCUCUAAUAACCAAAAUAGGCAUAUGUUUUGUUCUUAAAACAUUCCACUUUUUAUGCUAUCAUUAACAACUGUUAGUGUAAAGUAAGAGAACAGGUUUAAACCUACUUCUUUGAUCAUUGAAUAAAUACUGGAUGAGUUUAAGUGAUCCCAAAUUUGGACCCAU